UGUGAGUUGAGGUGUUUUUGGGUCUUUUAAUUGGAAUACAAGGCAUUUGAAUAUCGGUUGUUCUACGGCAACCCGAAUAAUUUAUUUUCAUUUGUCAAUAAUAUCUGGGAUUAAAAGCUCAUUGCAAAAGUUCAAAUAAGAAUCGAAUGGGCAUAUGCUUACCUGGUUAAUACAUAACUACGUCACAUUAUUAUGUACAUUAUACAUACAUAAUUUCUACUGCUGAAAGUGGUGGCUUUGCACUCUAGGUGAGAGAGCGGAGAGCGCGCUGUUAGUGCUGUACAUGGUCUCAAAUCAGUUGCAUUUACAUAGACCUCUCUUUAUCUUGUUCGGCGUUGAUGACUAGGGGACCUGUACGGGCACAUGUCAUUACAAUUUCGCUUUUGUUUUAUGAAGAUUUUCUUAACGACUGUGCUUAUUGGAUAAAUAAUAUUUUUAUCGGGAAUAGAGAAUUGUGCCACGAGAAGUGAAUAUUGAAAAAGUUUAGUCUGUGAGAUAGAUCAUAUAGCAUUUAUUGCUAAAGUAUGAAUUCCCAUUAAUUUGAGCUUCUACGGCCUUGAUUGGAGGAAUAUGAUACACGACAGGUUGGAUGUGAUUGCUAAUGACGAAGAGAUUGGUAUUAGAUAGUGGCGGCCAUGUGGUGUCAUUUGUCUGGUCGGAAUAUUUAAGUACAGGCUUGGAACAGCGGUACAUACAUUCGUGCAUAUUUGUUGGCAUGCAUGUUGGCACGGUAUUAUAGUUUGUGUUGUUGGAAUUUACACAUUUACAUGACAUAUGUGCGCAGCAUCGAUGACAUUCGAUGACGACGUUAAUCGAUUGUUGUUAGACAUACCGAAUAGAAGAUAGGAUUCGGCCGUACAUAGAUACAACAUCUUAAGAAGCAGAGCAACCGAGAACGAUCAUAGGGAAUGAAGCUCCCAAAAAUGCAAGGUCUGCCAAGACAGACAUCACCUGCGGUUUUGUUUGAUCUUCAACAAAAUGACUGUUUUAGAACGUGUAAAGGUGGCAAAGGAGAAGGGAUAUUGCUUUAACUGCCUUUGUGGGUCUCAUACCAGGGAAUGGUGCCGUUCUCGGAAUGCUUGCGCAGUGUGUAACAGAAAUCACCAUACAAAACUUCACGUUGAUGGUACCAAUGAGCCCAAAAAGCAAGCCCACUGCAACAAGCCAUAUUCAUACCAAAAACAGUCGUCACAUGAAUUUUUAUCAUCUCGUACCCAAAGUAAAACACACAAAGCCAAUUCAUCGCAUCAGAAACCAAAGUCUCAAGCAGAAGGAUACCAAAUAAGACAACGCCUUGGCGGACGGUCCAAGAAGCAUGUAUUUAUGCCAACUGCGUUGGCACGUGCAAUAACCAUAGUUGGAGCAAACAAGACCCGAAUUUUAUUAAACUCAGGAGCAACAGAGACUGUUAUAUUAAAGUCAUUUGUAAAAAACAAUCAGUUCCAGACAACAAAAAGGAAUGACAAAGAGUACUGUACGGUUAAUUUACAAUCGUUUCACGACAGUGCCGUCAAAAUACAAAUCCAUGGAUUGGUACAAUCAAAAUUUACUUCACCGCUUCCAGAAAAAGUGCAGGACAGGAUACUAGAAAAUACUUAUAGUCACCUUCCUGAUUUAGCCGAUCCCCAUUUCUAUCAUCCGGUCAGCAUCGAUAUUAUGGUUGGCAACGAUGAGCUAGCGAAGGUGCUAAAGGCUGGUCUUAUCCAAACAGCAAGUCAUAUGCCUAUAGCUCAAAGCACUGUGUUUGGAUGGGUGAUCUCGGGGGCUAGAUAUUAUUAAUGUUGCGACAUCGCAAGAGGCCCCGCCAUGUUAAACUUCGUUUAACAGCAACUGAAUUUUAUUAUUAAAGAGCGUACUGAAUUUGCCAAAAUGAAUUAUAUUACAAUUUAUAAUGAUUUGAAAUUAUUUGACCUUACCCUAUUUAGAAUAAGAAAGAUGGGAACUCUUACAUAUUAGAAAAAAUUAAAGCUUUUGCUCAAGCAAAUUAAGAGUUCCCAUGUUUGAGUUAAAUUGUACUUUUGAAGUCUACACUUGCUGAAUAUAAAUAAGAAUGGCUUCCCCGCUUAAGUAGUUGUAGCUUAAGACUUACUUGGUAUCACAACACCGAAGCGGUAAGAAGAUAAAGGCUGCCAAUAAAACUACAACAACUAAAACGUAAAA